UUUGUAGUCAAAGUAUCAAUAUAAUUUUGCAAUAUGUAACUGUAUUGAUUUUUCCCGCAUCACUAGAAAGGGGGGAGGUGAAAGCAUGCAGAAUGCUGGCAGGGCUGAUUAGGACGGGAGGUCUUCAUUGGGCAUAGAGGAGCGGUUUGAAAAGCUGGGCACUGUCUCUUCAGAGAGCUGCUUUCUCUCUCAGUGGGUCCUGCUUCCUCUCUGGAGGAGUAGACAUCGCCUAAUGAAAAACACAUUGUCAUUAACUCGCCCAGAAGAACCCAAGAAAUGCGGUUAACAUUCCAGAGAACAACUGAGUAAAAAAAAAGAAGCGGACUAAAACCUGAUUUUUAAGAUUACAAUGCUCCAAAGUAUUUUUUCCCCCUAGGUUUGUCGCUCAUAUUUUAAAAUGUUUUGGCUUGAGACACAAGAUAUUAAUGGCUGCCAUCCCAAUUUAGUGACUGACAAUGGUUCACUGUUUGUGUGUUAUUGUAAUUUUUUUCCUCUGCUGUCAAUCCAUAUUUAUCCUUCUUGAAAAAGUUGUCAGCAUUAAGGUGACAGCAGUCAAGAUGUGGCCCCAGUGAAACAGAGCCUAAACUCCCUAUCAACUACUUAACACGUUUCCACCCCCUGUACUGUCAUAUCAAACUUCUACUCAUAUUUUUGUUAUGUUUCCAGGAGACCAUCAUUUUUAUACACAUUUCACUUUUCGGGCCAGUGAUGGCAUGAAAAAGAAUAAUCGUGUUGGAAAUAUAUUUCAGAGAUUCUAGAUUGGCAAGAUGCAUACAGCGGUUUUGGAAUAUUCAGGAAAAACAACUCUGAAGGCAUUCUUUCGAAACAACAACCUAGUACAGUCUCUACCACAAAGUCCAACCAAGAUCAAGAAAGCCUACCGACAGAAGGCCUUGACAUGCCAUCCAGACAAGAACCCAGACAACCCAAAAGCAGCUGAUCUCUUCCACCAGCUGUCCCAGGCCCUAGAGGUGCUGACUGAUGCUGCUGCCAGGGCUGCUUACGAUAAGAUCUGUGCUGCCAAGAAACAAGCGGAGGAGAGGAAUAACAAGCUAGAUGCUAAGAGGAGGAAGAUCAAGCUAGACUUGGAGGCCAGAGAACGCCAGGCUGAGGCCCAUAGUGCAGAACAGUUCCAAAACACCAGAACUCUAGAGGAGGAGAUUGCACGUCUGAGGGAGGAGGGCUCCAGGCAGCUGCAGGAGGAACAGAGGCUGAUCAAGGAACAGAUCCAGAGGGAGAGAGAGACACAGCUCCACCACACAGGCACAUCAGAUUACACAUCUACAGAUUCAGCUGUUGGAAGGCAUUCCAAGAGCAACGUGACCCCCAAAUUAAAAUUAAAGUGGAAGUGUAGUAAAGAGGAUGACACUAACGGGGGCUACUCUCAAGACUUCAUUUUUAGCCUUCUAUCAAAGUAUGGCGACGUUUUAAAUGUUCUCAUAUCAAGUAAGAAGCGAGGAAGUGCUGUGGUAGAAUUUGAAACCGUCAAAGCAGCUGAACUGGCAUAUAAGAACGAGAGUGGCCUUACAGCAAACCCACUGAAGAUCUCGUGGCUUGAGGGACGACCUGAAGUCAUCACCCCAGUGGUGUCGCAGGUUCAGCAAACAACUGGACAGUACUUCCCACCUAUACAGGGCGCCCUGAGCAGCGAGCGGGACUACGAGAGUGUGGUGCUGAUGAAGAUGAGACAGGCAGCAGAGAGACAGAGACUUAUAGAGGAGAUGCAGAGAGAGGACGAGGAGAAUGCAGCUUAGUACCAGGCCCAGGCCGCGAUUCAAUCCAAGGUGUGUCGUCUAUAAGCGCACAGUGCUUGACAUUUUAAAGGUCAUUUCCAUUUGAGCCGACAUCUGUGACCUCCGCGAACGUCUGGGAAAUUGCCUUUUAAAAGAAACGUUGUCGGUAGUGCAGGGCACAGCGCUUUAACAAGCCUUUCAAUGAAUCCUGGUCCCAGUCCAGCUCUGCCCAGCCACAACCCARCUCUACUACACACUUGWUGCUUUAGUUUCAUAAAGCACAUCUCGUAGUUUUAUUAUGAAUUAUCUGUUGAAUAAACAUCUCCUUUACAGAA